GCUUCCCACAACAGGAUCUGCCUCCAGACCGACCGCAUCUGCCUCCAGACCGAUCGCAUCUGCUUCCGGAUCUGCAUCCGCGCCAGGACGGGCUGUCACCGGCAUUCGCAUCCACACUCCCGCAGCCUCUGAAUUUGCGUCGAAUCCCCCACUCGCACUAGCAUCGCCGCACACAAGCGCAUCGUCCACAAUGCUGUUCUCGUCAGCCAUCACCCGGCUCAUUGCAGCCUCUCGUCCCAUGCCCGUGGCCUCUGUCGGCCCCUCAAUCUUGCUCCCGGCAGUCCCUCGGUGCCCGCUCCCGUCGUCGUUUUCGCCAAUCGCGCCUCUGCAGGUCCGUUGGGCCACCAAGAAGGCUGGAGGAUCCACAAAGAACGGGCGCACAUCCCAGCCAAAGUUCCUGGGCUUCAAGAAGAGAGAGGGUGCCAAGGUCGAUCAGGGCAACAUCAUUAUCCGACAGCGCGGCACCGAGUGGUUUCCGGGCAACAACGUCGGCAUCGGUCGCGACCACACCAUCUUUGCGCUCAUCCCUGGCACCGUCCGACUCCAUUACGACCUCAAGACUCAGCGGCGAUACAUCUCUGUCGACGACGGCACCCUGCCGGAGCUGCAGAGCCGCUCCCAACUGAAACGACAGCUGGCCGAGGCGGUCGAUCCCAAGGUCUAUCUCAGCCUCGACAACCUUUCCAAGUACCAGUAUGUCAUGAACAAGAUCGACGAGCUCUCGGCGCAGGCCCAGACGCUGAAGAAGGAGAAGGCUGAAGAGCGGCUGCUGAUGCCUGGCCGACGAAAGUGCCGACUGGUCGAUCUGACCCGAUUCUGAUCCGACCUGUGGGUGUCUGUUUGGAUGAGCCCGAUGCGACCAUCGUAUCGCAGGCGCAUGCCGCCUAGGUCGGUGAUGCGGGCGGCUGAUUGGGGCUGGUUUUUGGACAACGACCAAGCGAACAUCCUCAGUAUUCGACCAUCGGCGCUCGACAACCGGCAUUCGACAAUCAGCUGGCCAGCGGGUGCUUGCGGCCGAAGGAUAUGUAUAGUUGCCGAGCUACCCGCGGCGUCUGUCCCAGACGAUGCUCCAGGACGACGUGGAUGUAAUAACUGCACAUUGCAACAGCAGAGCCCGUGUAUGCAUCCAUGCAAUACACUGGCAGCGCUUUCUGGGUAAA